AUGAUUCCGCGACACGCUCACAAGCGUUCGAUCUCGUCCGGCCACCGGUCACUCUCCCCCGACCGCACCGUCCCCAAAGCCAAGUCGACUACCAACCUCGCCGAAAUCGCCAACCAAGAGGCAUCAUUCGAAGAAAUCAACUUCAACACCUUGCGAGAUCCUCGAUUGGCAAUCGGUCAGGAGGUGUCGGCGUCGACAUCAUCCCAAUCUCACCACCCUGACUUGAGCAACGAAGUCGCGGCUCUGAGCGUCAAGCUUAUCCAGGCGAUCAACAACCAAACCCAGCUGGAUGACAGCCUCGCAGCUGCCCAUCAGGAAUUAGAACAGGCCCAGGGCAAAGUCCAAGCCCUGGAGUUUCAGAAUGAGAAGUAUAAGCGGGAUAUCAACGAGAAGGUCUACGUCCGAAAAUCCGACGCCGACCGUGAAAUCCUGCAAUUGAAAACCGCGUUCGCCGAGGAGCGAGCGCAGCGCAUUAUUGCUGAGAAAGCAAAGAAGAGUAUUGAAACAGAAUUGGAGACAUUAACUGCAGCUCUCUUCGAAGAAGCCAACAAGAUGGUCGCUGCGGCUAAGAUCGAACGUGAAGCAGUCGAGAAGAAGAACGAACAAUUGCGGUCGCAGAUCAAAGACACGGAGUUGCUUCUAGCAUCCCACCAAGAUCAACUGUCCGAGCUUAAAUCCGUCAUGCAAGGGAUGAAUCUCUCACGAGAUGACGUCGAUGCGCCCACAGCUCCUCCAUCCCCGGCUGGUCCCGCCCAGCUGCAGGGAUCGGCUAAGGGAGACUCCGAGAUCGAACACGUUCCUGUGGCAUCAUGUAUCGUGGAAGAAUUGACACCCGGACCGUGCGCCAGUUUCCCUCAGAUGAUCCGAAUGGUGUGCCGCACGGAUCUGCAAGCUUACGAAGAGUUCCGUGAAUUGUUGACCAUCUCUCGUUCUUCCAAACCGCCCAGCCGGGCAGCGAGUGGACAUUAUGCUGGCCUGAAUGUUAUGAGUCUUGCCAACUUUGGUGGCUCGGGGUCAGUGACAUCUUCGCCAACCAAGGGCGUCCUCCACUCUCCCAAUGGAAGCAUGUCCUCGCAGACCGGCUCUAGCGUACCUCUCAAGGACACACGCUUCUACAAGCGCGUGCUCAUGGAAGAUAUCGAGCCCACCCUGCGACUGGAUGCGGCCCCUGGCAUUUCUUGGCUGACUCGGCGUGCCGUCCUGAGCGGAAUCUGCGAAGGCAGUCUGCUCGUGGAACCAAUGCCUUUGGCUUCCAAGAAAUACGAGUUCCCCUGUUCCGUCUGUGGCGAGCGCAGACCCGGCUCACACAACGAACGAACUCAUCGCUUCCGCACCUCGGAUAGCGAGACCGCCCAGCGAUACGCUCUCUGUGUUUUCUGUCUCGAGCGCGUCCGUUCCGCUUGCGAAUUCACUGGUUACCUGCGUCUCAUCCUUGAUGGACAUAUCCGCGCUGGCGACAGCGAAGAGGAGAAGGAAGUUUGGGAAGAGACCCUUCGACUGAGAGAGCGCAUGUUCUGGUCUCGUGUUGGGGCCGGCAUCGUGCCGCUGUUCACACACCCGGAGGCUGACGCCACAGAAUCAAAUUCUGGAGUUGCCCGAGACAGCCAGGAGGGCCACGGCAUUGGCCCGCAGCUCAAGGUCCUGCGUGCGUCUGGGUCUCUCGCUGCUGUUCCUGUCUUAGGCGAGACCGAUGUCCCAUCACCUCGAAACCUUGAUCUUGAGAGAAAGGAGCCCUCGGUCGCCACGGAAGAGAGAAGACCUUCUCUCGACUCGGCAGCCAGUAUCUACGAGGAAGCCAACGCCGACGUGGCGCUCGAAACCGAGAAAUCUGCAGUUGAGGCUGUCAAGCCUGUUGAGGUUACAGUCGACGCUGCGGAGCCUGUCGUCCCUCAGUCUCCAUCUGGCCAGGAUCACGAUACAUCCAACAUCCUGACUCGGAACGAUUCUUAA